CUAGUAUGAGGCAGCCUUGUGGGUUUUUCUGCCGUUUGCGUCUUCAAGAGACUUCAGUAGCUUUCCCGAACUUCCUCUUCGUGUUUGAUGUUCGGGCAAAGCUGUCAUGCCAUCCGUGAGCCCAGCGCCGUCCGGAAAGGCGGCACAUACCAAUGGCUUUACAUCCCGUCCCAGCUCAUUCGCUGCUGUCUUCCGUCUCUACUCGGGGGAGAAUGAAGUUACAAGUCAGGAGAGAGUUCUUUAAUAGCUCUCAUGUUAUUUAACUGGGAAACAAAAUCUUCCCACCUUCCCACAGAGUUACAGAGAAACUUUUCAGUCUACCUGUGGGAGAGUUUAAAGACCAGGAGCCUCUCGGUUUUACUUAGAAGUUGCCGGCUGCUGUCAAUUAGUGCCGGGGCGCUCGGCGGCCGCCCCUUACCCCUCCUGCUUUACUUCUAGAAGUUUUUCUUGUAUGAGCGUUAUGAAAGAUGUGACUCAGGUGUGUCCCUGAGCGCAGGGAAUGAACCUACGCUCGCAUUCCUGGAACACCGGCCCUGCCGUGACGGGACGAUUUGCGGGAGCGCUGCUGACAAGUGCGCGCCCCGCACGCUUCUUCCUCUUAAAAAAAGCCAAUAAAACCCGCUGUGAAUAACUCGGCUUGCCUUCUGCCUACCAUUAGAGCCAGUGAGAAGUGUUGGAUGCGUCUGUGGGGCGGAUCCUCAAUUUUGCGGGAGCGAGACUAGCACUGAUUCUGAUGAAUGAAAAAGAUGGGGGCAGAAACUUUGGUUAGUGCCGUUAGAGUGCAGUGAUCUAGUGGAAAGAAAACAAGUUUAUGUGGAGGCAGCCAUGUGUGGCAAUAGUUGUCUUAAAUCCAUCGGGUGCUGCCUUAAGUCCAGGUUUGUGAUGGCAAUUACUGCUGUGAGCAGCACUUAGCAGAAAUUAUCUCCUGUGGUUUGCCAUGAACUCCUGAAUGUGUUUCCAAGUCUUUACAAGUUAAUCUGCUCAGGAUAGUUAUCGUGUCCUGGGAGGAUGAAUCACUCAAAAUGCCUGUUUGCCUGCUCUGUAGGUUGUGCUGCUGACCAUGCCUGGAGCCCAAGCAAACUGUGGGGAGAAUGAGUAUCCCCACCAAGGACUCUGCUGUCUAUUGUGUGAAGCAGGUACUUUUGUUGCUGCUCACUGCCGUGCUUCACAUUGGAAUGGAAAAUGUGACCGUUGCACGGAAGGGAAAGAGUUUACUCCCUAUGCUAAUGGCUGGAAUGGAUGCUUGCCUUGCAGACAGUGCAAUGAAGAUCAGAUAACCCUGAGACGCUGUAAUCGAACACACGAUGCUGAAUGCCAGUGCAAACCAGGGUACUCCUGUGCUGAUGAGGACUGUGAAAAAUGUGAGAGAAACAGUCCAUUGCAUCCGGAUGGGAAAGGAAUCUUGCAGAAUUCCGCUGAUGCUACAGACACAGGCGUGCCCAGUCAAGGUCUGGUACACAAAUCCCACUCAGCUUGGUUUGUUGGGUCUGUGGCUUCAGGCUAAUAACAUCAGAGCAGUCUGUAAAACAGUGCUUUCAGCUGCUGUAACACAUUGAACAGCAGCUGUGUUUUGGUCUGGGAGUCACUUGCUAAUGACAAGUUCUCCAAGGGGUUGAAGGGACAAGGUCCCUGGAGUUUCACUUGGUGAAAAGCUCCAUGUGUUACCAGGGUCCUUUAAGUUUCAAGGGUGUCCCAGUUGAAAUUUAUGGAUAGUGCAAAGAUGUUUGUUGGGCCUGGAGUAGCUUUGUCUUCUGCCCAGAAUGCACACUGUCCGUGCUGCAGCAGCCAAAGCUUGCUAUCACCUUGUGCAUCUUGUUUCCCCUGAAGUGUCUCUCAGAAAACCUUGUGGGAGUUGUACUGCAGCUCCCUGCAGAAUUCCUUGCUGCCUUUGGGAUCAUGAUGUGCAGUGCAAAUGAGUACCCACAUGUUCAGGGCAGCUGGGAAUCCCAAUGCCUUUUCCAGGAGAAACAAUCUGAGUUGUUGUAUUAGUUUGGGCUUUGGUUCUUCUCUAGGACAAUAAGGAAUAUCUUUCUGAGGGACUGUUUCAGUACUAAUUUUAUUGUUUUGUUCUUAUUUUGCAGGAACGAUCGCUGUUUGGGGUUGUUGGGGGUUGGUUUUUCCUGUCCUCUUUGCCUGUGGAUUUUUUUUCCGUUGUUGUGCUAAGAAUUACUGAUGGCAAGGUCCUUGAGACAGGGGAGGAGGAACCUCCCUGGUUUCUUGGCAGUUUCUCUCAGAGCUGGGAGGGGACACCAUGAGAUUGGAAGCAGGUAAAAGCAGAGUGGGGGGCAGAUGCUCAAUCUUGGUGUCAGAGGAGGACGGUCGCUGCUAACGCUGCCCUCCACCACCGGGAGCUGCCCCUCUGCUGUUGGACCCCACACCCCAGGCAUGCUGGGAUGCCCUCCAGAUUUCAGCUUGCUGUUUCUGAGCAUCCCACCUCUCCUCCAUCCCUUUCCAUCUGGGACACAGCUGCCAUCACCUCAAUGCUGCUGCAGCACGUGGGGACCAUUGUACCUGUCCAUCAGGUGCCAGUGCUCACUUCCAGCUCUGCUGGGAACGUCACUGAAGGGGAAAGUGCCUGAGGCUUAGAGGGCUGGAACUGGACUACUGUUCAGUUUGUUGUUCAUUCCAUUAUUAUUUAUUUGCCUUAUUGUAUAUACUAUUAAAGAACUGUUAUUCCUAUCCCCAUCUCCUUGACUGAUACCCUCUUAUUUUCAAAAGUACAUAAAUUCAGAGGGAGAGGAUUUUCUUAUCCAUUUCAAAGGAGGGCCCUGCUUUCCCUAGCACACUCUUUGAAUCCAGCACAGAUUUUGGCAUGCAAUGGUGUGGCCUGAGAGCAGUGGGAGGAAAGGGUGAAAAAAGACUGGCACUUCUUGUGUUUUAAUUUCUUCUGUUGGGUGGCACCAUGUGGUCUAGCUUGCCCUGGUUCAGGUUGCAUGGGCUCACAGCUGUGUCUCUCCCAUUUGCAGUCCCUUAUCUAAACAAGGGUCCUAUAACUAAGGUUACUGUGGCUGUUUUCCAGCUUAUUUUGUGGGUGGGUAUGGUGAGAAAUACGUGAAUUUUUAGCUUCCUCUGGAAGGUAGGUACAUGGAUUCAGAGCUGUUGUACACUAACAGUGUAUGUGUUUGGGGUACUUCAAUGAUAGUACAUACUGUGAGGAAGUGACAGCAGGGAAAGUUUUCUCCCAGCCCUUCAUCCUUUUUUUUAGGUGCACCCCACCAGUUUUUGAAGGCUGCAAAUCUCUAAAUGCUAAUGAUACCAUAGAGUGGCUGGUGUUGCUGAUAUGCCUGUUCUGUUUAGCAUUCAGAGAUAUGGGGUGAUUGGCUUGCAUGACCACCCUGAUAGCUACCCUAGAAAAUAGGGAUGCUGCCUCACAGCCUGACAGUGUCCUAGGGACUAGGGAUACUGCCCCAGAGCCUGACCCUGCCCCACAACCCACCUCAGAAAUAAACCCCCCAGACUGGGUGGGGGUUCUAGUGAAGGACAUAUGUGAGAUGGGCUGGUUGCUAAAGGAAUACACUUGCCCAGCUGGUGAGAAAGCCUCCACAUACCCUAAAGAGGAAGAGUCUGAUGGUGCAGUCGUGGAACCCCACAAACAUUACAUCUGUCCACAUUCCAGCUGAACUGCAAGGGUAGUCAAAGCCAGCAGCAGUCAUUCCUGUGGAAACUAAGAAGUCUAAGAUUGAAUCAAAGCACCUAGAUAAUAAGGAUAAGAAAUGAGAGCCCUGACAACCUGCAGAGGACCCAGAGGUUGCGAUCAUCACCAAGUCCCUGUCAUUUGAAAGUCUCUGUAAUCUGCAAGAAGGCAUUGCAGGAUGGGACUGUGAGGCUUUCACAACCUGGCUACUUGGGCUCUGGGACCUUAUGGGAAUAGGCAUUCAACUGGAUGGUGCUGAGGCAAGGAGUUUGGGACCUUUGACCCAGGACUCAGGUGUGGAUCAGGUAUUCGUAAGAGAGACAGACCCCCUUUCCCUCUGGGAGCAGCUUUUAAUGAGUGUGAAAGAGAGGUUUGUCCCCAGACAAGAUGCAGGAGCACCACUACAGAAUGCACGGGAAGACCCUUGAGGGAGGGAUCCAACAGCUGAUAGAAGUGGCAGUACUGGAGGAACACUUUGGGAGGGGCAGAGAGCAUGACAAUAACCCUGACAAGGUCAGGGGCACAGGGCACAUGCUGUGGAAUGUGGCAAACCUAGGACCAUGUUAAUACACCACCUUCACUGCAACGAUUAAUGCUGAUGACACCUGAGAAACCACAGGUUGUGUUGCUAUCAAGAUUAGGAAUGCUGAGAGUGUGAUCAAUGGCCCAAUGCAGGCUCGUGUCUCUGCUGUGGUUAAGAGUCUCCAAGAGGAGAUGAAGAAGGUGAGGAGGAACAUUUCCCAUCUGGUACCUGUGCAAAUCACAGGCUCCAAAGUCAGAGCCCAACAUCCCCAGCUCAGGACAGAGGGUACACGCCACGAGCUGACCUGUGCUUCUUUUUGUGUGACCAUGGGGAAGACAUGAGAAGGUGGAUGGGAAACGCACUUCUGUCCUGGCAGCACAGGUGCACCAACUCAGGGAAGGAAACCCUAAGUGAGGGAGCUACACUAAACUGAAAGUAGCCUCAGCCUCCCAUGACCAGGGUGCUGGAUAUUACAGAAGUGAGGAUGAUCUGUUGGAUCCCAUUGAAGGACCCUGUAGUAAGUAGGCUUAGAUACCCGUGUGCUUAUCUUUCCACUAAUUUAAUUAAUAAUUGAACCAUAGAGGCAGCCCUGAAAAGAGACCUGUGCCUGAUCUUCUCUCUCUGUUUACGAUGUCUGCCAUAGACCAGUCACGUGGAGUAGGAGAGCUUUAGAUUUGUUCUAACUAACCCAUAAAGGCUCCCAAGAGAGCCAUAGCUCCCAAGAGAUCAUCACAGGUAAGACUUUUCCAGCUGUGAUCUCUCUGUAUGGGUUGUCCAAAAUGUUGUGGAAAAGCACAAGAGGGACCAUAUCUGACAUGGGAGAAUUUUCAGUGUUGAAAUGCCUGUGGGAAGUUUUCUGCCCAGUGAAUUCUUAUGUGCUCUGGAACUGGUUCCAUCUCACAGCAGGAGAUUUCAGGAACAAAGCAUUUCUGGGUCAUGUGAACCAAGUUGAGAUUGGAAAGGGUUUCGGGGGCUCUGCCUGUUUUAUCAAGGGAACCCCUGGGGGUCCAUCAUGCCCCGUGGGUCUGUGCGUGUCGGGUGUUUGGUUGCCAUUAUGAGUUCAUGAGCUGAGGUAGAGAUGGAGGGUGGGGCUGGCCUGGCUGGGACGAACUCUGGCACCUGUGACAUCACAGGAGCCGCGUCACAAUGGGGGCAGCUAUCAACCCAAGCAGCAGGUGACCCUGCUCCAGUCCAGCCUCGGCGAGCGGCGAGUGCGCACGCAGACAGGAGGCUGUGCUGAACGCGGGACGAGGGCCACGGCAGAACUGCAAGUACCCAGGGAGCUGCUUCUCACCGGGCAUCCAGAGGCCGAUCCCUUGUGGAACUGCCUUUGGCAGGGCACGGUGCCGCUGCUGCUGGGGCAGCAGCACAGCCUGGCAGCUGCCUGGGCCCCUCCUUCCUGCCUUCACAUAGAUUCCAAGGAAUCCUGUCCCCACUUUCCCUAUCGUUACCUCCCUCCCAUCUUCACCCAUCCCCUACCCAACUGCUGAGGCCAUGCUUCGCACUACCUUCCUUCUCUUGCUUGUGCAAGGCCUCCUCCAGUACCCGCAGCAGGCCGGGGAUGGGCUGGAUGAGGCCGCACGGGAGCGCAUGCAGCAGCGCGCUGAUUUUCUGAACCAGGAGAUGGCUCGGCUGGUGCAGGAACUGGAGCAGGACAGCCUGGAGCACAGUGGUGUGGCCUGGGGAGCCCUGCUCGUCUGGCAGUUCUGGGCUGUCACUGGACUCCUUGUCCUUCUCUUGGCGCUGUGGUUUGGACUGCACAAAAUCAGAUGGGAUCCAGAUAACAGCGGCCUCAAGGAGAGCUCCAGCAGCAGCUUGGAGGAGGAGGAAGAGGAAGGACACAACGUGUUUGCAAAGAGAGAAGUAGGAAAUGACAGUGAAAAUGUAGAAGAGGACAAUAAGGAUGGAAAUGAAGAAGGCAGCAAUGCAGAUGUGGAAGAGGACAACAAGGACGGGAAAGGAGAAGGCACUAGUGCAGAUGUAGAAGAGGACAAUAAGGACGGGAAUGGAGAAGGCACUAAUGCAGAUGUGGAAGAGGACAAUAGGGAUGGGAAUGGAGAAGGCUGCAUGAAGGAUGCAAAGGCUGAAAGCAGCGUGGGAAAUGACGUGAAAAAAGGCUCUGACGAUGCAAAGGAAGAAGUAAACAGGAAUGAGAAGGAGGAUGAAGUUACUGCUGCUGGUAAUAAAGCACAAGAAGGUUCUGAUGAUGCCAAUGAAGAAGUAAACAACAGUGAGAAGGGGGAGAAUGCCAAUGUUGAUGGAAAUGAAGAGGGCAAACAUGAUGCAAACGAAGAAGAUGAUAGCCACAAUGUCAAAAGGAACCUUGGAAGCCUUUUAGAGGAGCGCCUGCAGUUGCCUGCUCUGGACCUGGACAAGGGUUGCUCCAUCAUAACAGACCUGAUGGACAAACUCACAGACAUCUUUGGACAAAGCUGGUCCAACAGCUUCUACCCAGUGCCACAACAAGCCAUUGGAGUGGGCAGCGCCUUUGAAGGCUGGAGUCCCCGCGCAGAGGACCUUGUGUACCAUGUGCUUGUCCCACUGAGUCCCCCUCCAGGACAUGCCUUCCACCUGGAGCUGGACACUGCAGGGGUGCUCCAGAGGAACGGCUGUGUCCAUGUGGAGCUGCUGUGCACCUGCACCAGGGAGCAGCUGGGGGAGGACAUGCUGUGUUUCCUCCACAGCUCCGAGGAGGAGCUGAGAAGGGACCAGGACCCCAGCCUCCUGGAUACCCUCUGCACUGACGGCUAUCUGGAUGUGGAGAAAACUGUCCACUGGUUCUACCAAUUCAUGAAAGAAGCCUGGGUGCUGUCGCCUCAAUCGCGCCAUUGGCGUUUAAGAUUGCUGCCCUCCAGCCACUCCUGUAAAUUCCAGCUGAGGAAAGACCAGGAAAGCCUCAUGGUUGAGGUCAUCUUAGGAGUGAGGCAAGGAGACUCAGAUAUCUUUGUGGGCAGCCAGCCUGCAGAAGUAGCUAUGCCAAGCAUAACAUGGCUGGAAACCUACGCCGUGGCAGAGGCAAAAUUCUUUAGACACAUUUCCAGGCAGGCUCCUCAUGACAGCUGGCACUGCAAGUGCCUGCAGCUCCUCAGCCGCAUCCUGACGGGUGGAGGUUUCUCCAGCUAUGCCCUGAAGACAGUGCUGAUGCACCUCCUGAACACCAUACCCCUGACACAGUGGGGCAGGAAGGAUUUCCGGUGGCGCAUUCUGAACAUUGUGAUGUACCUCCGCUGCUCACUGGACGCAAAACAACUGAACCACUUUGUCCUAGGCAACGAGAGGUUUCCCAUGGACAUCAGUUUGCCCUCUGACUUGCGCGUGGCUGGAUCCCCCAACCUAUUCCAGCACCUGGCCAGCAGUCCGGAUGCCCACAAGAAGGCCAUGCAGGAGUACGGGCACCUGCUACAUCAGCUCGAACAAAUGCUGUUCUAAGCAUUUGAGAGAGAUCUUGGUGCACAGAGCUGUGCUUCUGGGGCCUCAUUCACUACAUACAUAAAUACUUUCUAGUUAGUGAAUUUACUAUAUAUAUUAGGACCCCCCCAUUUAGUGAAUUUGCUAAAUAUAUUAGGACACUCUAUUUAAUUUACUAUAGAUAUGAGGACACUCUAGUUAAUGAAUUCACUAUGUAUAUUUGGAUCCUCUAGUUAGUGAAUUUGCUAAAUAUAUUAGGACACUCUAGCUAAUUUACUAUUGAUAUUUUGAUCCUCUAGUUAAGGAAUUUACUAUAUAUAUAUUAGAACCCUCUAGGUAAUUUACUAUAUAUAUUUGGACCCUCUAGUUAGUGAAGUACUGAAUCUUCUUUUGUAAUUGUUUCAAUAAACUCAACUAUUCCAUUAUCUGCACUGUGCAAGCUCUUUGUGAACUCGACCAGGCCUAGAGUAUUUGUAAAUUCCACUAGAUGUGAAUUUGGGACUGGCUGGAAGUAGGCACUGUUAGUAGCAAGCCUUUUUUAACAAAGGCACACCAUUCUCACUCCACAUUGCUCCUGCCCAUGGUCUCCCUGGUGCAGCAGCCACAGAAGACCAUGGUGGCUACUACAAAGAUGAUUUUUGCCCUGUGUUCCCCUUGCACUCUCAGGCCAUGCUGGCCAUUUCACAGGGGCUCUCAAAGUCCCUAGCAGCUCUGGCUGGGCACAAACCAAGCAAGAGACACCGUUGCUGUGCCUCCUUGUGUUCACUGGGGAGACAAUGAAAAUUCUGCUCAUGCCAGACACUCUCCAGGGCUUUGGCACCACAGAAAGUCACUUGUUGGACAUGUGGAACACUAUGGUCUGUGUUAAAAGAACUUAAAAUAGUGAGCUGGAACACCUUUUGAAAGCCGAGAUGUUGGCCAGGAUUCUUGGGAAGCAUGCAGAGGCCAGGUAGGUCAAGACAGAGUUACUUUAGGUUUAGUUUGAUUUUCCUUGACUUUGCUGCUUCUCUCCAGUGGGGUGCUAAUGUUAGAUGGAAAGCCAAUGUGACCAUGGGAAGGAGGAGGAACUGAGGGGCCUCUCAAUCAAAUAUCCUAAAUAUCUUUGUAUAAAGGAACUAGGGCCUUUGGUUCAAGAUAAAAAAAAGCUCUUGAAUAGCACCAGUAUUGCCCUAGAGCCACCUACACAGGUUUGGAUCACCUGCAUUAUGUGUGGUAGAUUCUGAGUGUGAUGUGAUGCUCAUGAGUGCUGCAGAUUUGCGUCUGUCCAUUUAGCAGUGGACUUCACCAAAAAAAUUGAUACUGAAUUGCACCAAAAAUAUUAGCAUGGAAAAUUGUGUAAUUUUCAGCUGAAUGAGAGUAUUUGUCUUCACUGCUGAGGCCAGUGAGCUGUGCAAAGUGGCCUUAUACUUUGUGUGGAAAGGGCAGGGUGUGAAUCCCCAGACAAGAGGGAAGAACAGCUUCCUCCCAAACACAUGUCCUGGCAAAUGGCCAAACACAUGAGUGUCAUACUUGGACAUGAGUGACUUGGAGACAGUAUUAAUGUCAGUAGGUCAUGUAAAGCAUAUGCAGACAAAGACACGAGGAGCAGAAACAGCUACAUUUAAAGAAUUCUGUAUAAACUGCAGGGAAUUAAGGCUUGUACUUUGCAGUUCAUAUGGUUUGAUUUUAAACUCAGAAGUCAGGACUGAAAUGGUUUCAGACUGUUACAUUGGUUCACGUGGUGUAAAGAGGCAUCUCCAAAGGCUUUGCCCCUGUUUGUUUCAUUUCUUUAACACACUGGACAAACCCAGAGGGUGCAAGAGAGACAGGAGAUUGAGGUAAAAUGAGCUACACCAGCUGAGACAAAUGGAACAGGUGGGAUUUGGGCCCUUGUGUGUAUUUGUAGUGUGUUCACAUCUGCCCCUGUAGUGCAAUAGUGGGUGAGUCUACAGCAUCUCUGAGUAGGUGUCCUGGCCGUGUUCUUCUUAACACAGUCUCCCAUGUUAGUAGUGGAAAAUGAACAGCAAAGCAUUUGGCAAAUAUAACUACCUCGUGGAGGCCUCUGACUUGCUGGGGAACACUGAGUUGCACAUAUGUUAGAUGGACAGUUCAGCCAUCCAGGCAACUCUAUCAUGAUCAGCAGCUACAUGGCCUACUUUUUCUCUCAGCAUUUCAGAAUCCCCUUUUGCCCCUCUGCUGUACCAUCUGUGACAGCGUUUUGGCAGGAUUUAAGAUCCUGACCUCUGGACAAUCUGCAGAACCACUGCAGCAGAUAUCACAUUCACAGACCAGGCCAGCUGUCUGCUUUUUGAUGUGUUUUAAACAUCAACCUCUGGAAAGGUCAUGUCAGCCUACAGGGCUCAACCUGUACCAGUACAUGGUCUUUCUUUCACAUCAGUUUCAAAGAAGACUGCUCUUUCCAUACCAGUGACUGUGCCAUAUAUUUCAGAUUUAAAUUGAGGAGUUACUUGAAGUUAAUAGGUUAAAUCCAUCCCAAGCUUCCUGCCCAGACCAUUCUGGAGCUGCCCCUGAGGUCUAACUGGUGCAUCCUAAGCCUUUUAAGUCACCUGCUUAGAUCUCACUGUGAGCAUCUCCACUUUGCCAUGGGCACUGCUGCCACAGGGCAUAUUCUUACUAAAGGAAUUCAGUCUACCUAUGGGAUAACGAGCAGGACCAUCUUGGUCUUACUUAGAAAUUACCGGCUGGUGGCAAUUAUUGAUGGGGCGCUCAGCGGCGUCAGGUCGCAUUCCUGGAGCACCUGGCCCCGCCGUGUGGAGGCGUGUUUUGGGAGCACUGCCGACAACUGCACACCCCGCAGGUUUCUCUUAAAAAAAAUCCACACCAAUGCCCCUGUAGUAGAGUGAAUGACUUGGCUUGCCUUCUGCCUACGAUUAGAGCCAUGACACGUUGGAUGCGUCUGUGGCGCGGCUCAAUUUUGCAGGAGUGAGACUAGCACUGAUUCUGAUGAAUGAAAAAGAUGGGGGAAGGCAGAAGUGUCUGUGCCGACGACUGAAUGUCCCUUCCUCCUCACAGCCAGCACAUUCCAUCUCCAACUCUAAUUAACUGGUCACCCGCUAACCCAUUCUAACACCCAUUCUAACACCCAUUCUCAUCCCUUCCUCCUCACAGCACAGCCAGUACAGCCAGCACAGGUGCUGGUAGGAGCCAGCAUCUGGAGGCUGACAUUCAGGAAACUGAUCAUAAAUAGUAAAGGGUGAGAGUGGCUUGGCUAUUAGCAAAAGUCUCCAGGAAACCAAAGUAUUCUUCAUCCUUCAGGAAACAUCCUUGAAGAAUACCAACAUUAGUGAUCCACACUGCGUGAUUUUGAAGGGUGUCAUCCUAGUCACUCUUUCUGAGCAAGUCUGACCUGUGCCGUAUGUGGUGUAACACUCAGUGAGAGAGUGUCACCUCUGCCUGUGGGGCUGUGCCAAAUCCUUUUGCACACUGUUGGAAAAAUUCUCCUAACAGCCUUUCCCCUCUGCUUUUCGUGAUCAGGGUGGGCAGCCCAUCAGCACCUGAGGUUCAGGUGGAGAGGCCAAUCAGGCAAUUUCCUCGGUUUUGGGGGAACGAAACCACGCCUUCAGCCACACCCCGCACCUGCGGGAACAAAACCGACCGCUCAGCAGCACCUGUUCAAAGCGACGGACGGCGUCAUGGGAGUUGCGGGAGUGAUGGGGCUGUUUCUGCUGCUGCCGCUGGUGAGUGCCUGGUGGGAUUCUGGCCAAGGCUACCGUCUGCGGGCACGGGCUUGCUCACCGCCUGCCUGCCAGGGGUGCUGGCCAUCGCCGGGCUGUCACCGCCGGUACCCUGUGCGCCGCCAGAACCGGAAUACGGCAUUCUGUGCGGGCAAACAGUCUUUAUGCAGCCCUAGGGUGAGGGAGCCUUGUGACUUUUUGUGCCAGCACCGCGCGCGCCGCCGGUUCGGGGCGCCCAGGUGAGGGCGGGGGCCGCGGCCGCGUUACCGGCCCCGCGCCAGAGCCAGACGUCCGCGUUUUGUGGAGAAAAAAGGCUUCCUACGGCUCUAGUGUGCAGCAGCCUUGUGCAGUUUUCUGACUUUUUGUUCUUUAAGAGACUUCAGUAGCUUUCCCGAACUUCGUGUUUGAUGUUCGGGCAAAGCUGUAGUGCCAUCCGUGAGCCCAGCGCCGUCGCGUAAGGCAGCACAUACCAAUGGCUUUACAUCCCGUUUCAGCUCAUUCGCUGCUGUCUUCCGUCUCUACUCGGGGGAGAAAAAGUUACAAGUCAGGAGAGAGUUCUUCAAUAGCUCUCAUGUUUUUUAACUGGGAAACUGGAAAUUUUCUCACCUUCCCACAGAGUUACAGAGAAACUUUUCAGUCUACCUGUGGGAGAGUUUAAAGAUCAGGAGCCUCUUGGUUUUAUUUAGAAGUUGCCGGCUGCUGUCAAUUAGUGCCGGGGCGUUCGGCGGCCGCCCCUUCCCCUCCUGCUUUACUUCUAGAAGUUUUUCUUGUGUGAGCGUUAUGAAAGAUGUGACUCAGGUGUGUCCCUGAGCGCAGGGAAUGAACCUACGCUCGCAUUCCUGGAGCACCUGGCCGUGCCGUGACGAGGCGCUUUGCGGGAGCGCUGCCGACGAGUGCGCGCCCCGCACGUUUAUUCCUCUU